UUACAUCCAGCAGUGGUGUGUUUCUGGCUGGAUACCCCAACAACAAAAGGCUGAACACAAGGAAACCCGCUAACACAGAGCAGAGUCGUCGGUGUUUUCUCCAGUCACCAUGGGUGGAGCUGUCAGUGCCGGUGAGGACAAUGACGACUUGAUUGACAAUCUGAAGGAGGCUUACUACAUCCGCUCAGACCUGGUGGAGCGGGCUUUUCGAGCUAUUGACAGAGCCGACUAUUACCUGGAUGAGCACCGGGACAAUGCUUAUAAGGACUUGGCUUGGCGGCAUGGGAACAUCCACUUGUCUGCUCCGUGUAUCUACUCUGAGGUGAUGGAGGCUUUGGAUCUUCACCCCGGCCUCUCUUUCCUCAACCUCGGCAGUGGGACUGGCUACCUCAGCACCAUGGUGGGCCUCAUACUGGGACCAUUUGGAGUAAAUCAUGGAAUAGAGUUACACGCAGAUGUGAUUGAGUAUGCCUACCAGAAGCUCGAUUCCUUCAUCAAAACCAGCGACAGCUUUGACAAAUUUGAAUUCUGUGAGCCGUCUUUUGUUGUGGGUAACUGCCUGGAGAUUCCCCCGGAGAGCCGUCAGUAUGACAGGGUGUACUGCGGGGCCGGGGUGCAGAAGGAGCAUGAGGAUUACAUGAAGAACCUGCUCAAGAUGGGGGGCAUCCUGGUGAUGCCUCUGGAGGAAAAGUUGACCAAGAUCACUCGUACGGGACCGAACAGCUGGGAGACCAAAAAGAUCAUUUCUGUGUCCUUCGCUCCUCUGGUGCUGCCCAAACACAGCACGAAUGGCAAACCCAAGACUGCCCCACUACCCAAGUACGAGGUACGGACGUUACAGGAACUGGCUCGCAUCUGCAUCCGCCACACCCUCAGAGUGACCACAGACGGAGGAGACAGCCAAUCCCGCGGCCGAGGCUCCUCGUUCAGCGUAGGCAGGGGUCUGGCUGUGGCCGGCCUCCAUAAGUACGGCCCUCGCUUCAAACGCAGACGCGUGCACCGGCGCCACUGCAACGCCCUCGUCCUGGCCACGCGCCAGGUGGUGGCCAGCAGCGGCAUCGGACCCGCCUCUCUGGACAGCAACAACAACCAGGGGGGAAGAGCUGAGGACGAGGAGGAGGCGGGGGAGAGGGAGGGGAGGCGGCAGAUGAGGGGGAGCAGGAGGGUGGCGAGGGCCGUGGGAGGGGUGGUGGAAGAGGAGGAAACAGUGGAGGAGGAAGACGAGGAGGAGGAGCAGGAGGAGGAGGAGGAGAAGGAGACUGGGGAGCUGCUGCGACCCCAGCCGGCCGUGAACGUCCUCAGAGAGAGGAUACUGGGCCUGCCGCUGCCUGAGCCUCUCAAGAUGUACCUGCUGUUCUACAGAGAGAAAUGAGGCCGCCGGAGCCGCAGCCAGGUCCUGAGUCAGAGCCCAGAGCCGAGAGCGCCGACCCAGCAGAGCCUCACGUCUCUGUCCCAACCCCAACACCACCUGCACAAGGCAGGACAACUUGCUACUACCUUACUGACCCCCAGCCCCACCGAGGACCCCUCUCUCUCUCUCUGUCAUCUCUCCCUCAUCCCCACUUUCUGACUCCCUCUUUCUCCUACUCCGUUCAUCUCCAUAGCGCAUAACACAUAUCUAACAUAUAUCUAACAUGCCAGUCAAAGCCUUGCCUAACAACAGUUUAGCAGUGGCCUGAAUCCACAGCUUGUAAAAGGCAACUCAGUGGUGCUGAGAAAGAGAAGCAUCAUUGUUUAGUCUACAGUCACAGACUAGACAGUGCAAGAGUUCAGACACCGUAGCAACACGCAGAGAGAGCAGCUUACCAAGAGACCAAGAAGGCUUAGGACUGUCCCAGCUCUUUUCUGUCCACUAAUGCCCAACGGUCGACAUCGUACACUGAUUGUGCGGAUUGUGUGGCAGCCAGUUUGUCAGCAUAAGGUGGUGUGUAUUAUCAUCUCAUGGGGAUGGCAUCGUUUUAAAAAGGAAGUCAGAGUCGGCCCAACAUUGUGAGGAAGGAAAAUGUGCACUCAAAGAUCCAAUGAUGUGAGAGUUAUAUUUUCUCUUUCACUGUAUCAUAUUCAGUGAUACUGUAGCUACAGCUAGUGACCAAGAUGGCGUGGCAGUUGUGACUAUUUUGACUGAUUUUCCAAAUAAAAGAGAGCUUUUUCUUGAGCCCUCAGUCCAUUAAAUGAUUUCACUUAGAGGUCCAGUGUGUAGGAUUUAUGGGGAUAUAUUGGCAUAAAUUAAAUGUAACAUAAUAUAAUAUAUAAUAGCAUAUUCCAUUUAAAUAUUCCAAAUUAGAGAGAUUGGAGAGCAGUAGACAUUUUUUGAUAAUUCGGCACCUCCUGAACAAUGUCCAUCAAAGGAAUUCUAUCCGGAUUCUGGUUGCUGGUUGCAAUCUGCCAUCCUCACUACUAGAUGCCACUAAAUCCCCCUAAAUCUUACACACUGCUCCUUUAAAUUAUCUGCUUUUCUGAGGCCAAGGGUUGAUCAUCAUUUCAAGCAUUUUAGGAGACUACUUGAUUUACUAGAAGGUUGAGUUUUCCCCUUUUCUAUGCAUAUAUUCCACUGUUUGAUGCUAUAUUUGUCUCCUGUCAUCAGGAGAUGAAACUGACUUACAUCCCUACAUGUUUAUCCAAAGGGCAGUGUUUUUCUCUGCAUCCCAUUAUAUUCUCUUUACCAAAAGAGGAUGACCAUAAAAGAUCACAUACUUACUAAUAUUCCAAUAUACAUAAAUAAACCAGCAUGAUAAAACACAUAACUAAUGUUUUUGAUGAUUGACAGCGUGCAGGUUUUCUGUCAUCUUUUUUUUUCUUUUUUGGUCUUGUAAUAUUUUUGAAUUUUAUGAGACUUGAAGUGGUGUGUACAUAUGAAACUGUAUGUUUUGUGAAGAAAAAAAAAUGAAGAUACUCUGAGAAGUAGAUGUAUCUUUUCAUCACAUUUUUCUGUUGUAGUUUCUAGUUAGAUGGAGCAUUAUUCCUUUGUACUUUUUGCUUUUGUACCAAACUCUCUGCUCCCCCUCUGUGCCAAACUUCCGUUGCAUGGACUAAACUCUUGAGAUGAAACGGCAGAUCAACAGCAAGUUGCUCAUUUGGAGAAAAAAGAAUGUGUUGCUGUUUACUUUUUUCUUUUUUAACUUGAAAAAACGCUCCACUUCUACUGAAAUGAGAUUGGUCGUUCAUGCAUUAGUUAUCAUGAAAGGGUUAAGAUUUCUACCGUUAGGCAGUUUGAAUCUGAAGAACGUUUGUGAUAAACAGCAAAGUGAUAUUUGCACAACACACCUGCAUCAGUAAAUACAGUUGAUAGAUAAAUAAUGGAUGUGAUCACAAUAAUAGAGAGGAUUUGAAUAUGUGCAGUUUAUUUUGGUAAGCUAUACAACUCUGAAUGGGAGGAAUUGUUUCCAAAAUGCGGGUCGCUAUCAGGCAGAGUGACUCAUAUCCCGUCUGAUUCUUGCUGGGAGUGUGUCACAUUUCACUGUCGGGCCAAUCUACCAUUUCUACCGCUGCUGGAUCUGCCUUUGAGUACUGUAUGUACAUCAUUCCUUUAUUUGACAUGAGUACCAUUCAUGUUUGGUUGUUGUGCAUUUGUGAUUCUCUGCUGAAUGUAUAUGAUCAUGAAUUUUUCUUUCUUUUCUUUUUUUUGCACUUAAUAUUAAGUUUUUUGGUUUGAAUGAAUUGCUUGUUUUUAAAAAUGACCUGUAAUGUUGACUGCUGUUAAUAAAGUCCAUUAUACAAAAGAG